AUGGAAUUCUGCCCGACUUAUGGGAUGUUGUUGAAGUAUGAGUUGCCAAAUUUGCAUCUUCCUGCUAGAUUUUUCUGCCCCACAUGUCCAUAUGUUGGCCAAAUAGAGCAGAAGGUCGGAUCAAAAGAAAGCAAUGUUUGCCCGGAUUGUGGUCACAACAAGGUUGCAUACAUCAAGUUUCAAACAAAGCCAGCUAAUGAACCCCUGACAAUAAACUUCACCUGUGAGAAAUGUGGGAAAUGUUGGCGUGAGGACUAA